UGAUGAUCUGAUGCAUGGGCCGAGCGGUAACUCCGCCCACUCUUAGCGCUCAGAGGGCGUCCCAGAAUGCAGAGCGCGAGACAUGGACCAAAAUGUAGACAAUGACCUUCAAGGAACUGAUGGUUCAGGGGCUCUUGGAGGGCUGGAUGUUCGUCGAAGGAUCCCCAUCAAGUUACUGUCCAAGCAGACUAUCAGAAGCAAGCCUCCUGCCCGGGCACAGCAGCCCACUGCCAGAGUGCCCUCCAAUGGUCCAAGUGACCAAGAAACCUUUACAUGUAAGAAGGAAGAGAGGUUUGAGUGCAAAGCUGGAGAUGCUUUUGGGAAACUGCGGAGAUUUCCCCACCCAUAUUUCUGGGAUUAUAAGCUCAACCUGGUUGGAGAGAAAGAUGACACUCCAGUACACUUCUGUGACAAAUGUGGCCUGCCCAUAAAGAUAUAUGGACGAAUGAUUCCCUGUAAACAUGUGUUCUGCUAUGACUGUGCAGUUCUCUAUGAGAAGAAAAGUGAUAAGACCUGUCCUGGUUUGUCCCUGUAUAGCUGCACUGAUCCAGUCCAGCGCAUUGAGCAGUGCCAACGCGGAUCCCUGUAUAUGUGCAGCAUCGUGCAGGGAUGCAAGCGCACCUACCUCUCACAGCGAGACCUACAGGCCCAUAUCAACCACCGGCACAUGAGAGCGGGCAAACCUGGAGUCUCACGGGCUGAGCCUACACACCCAACCCCAGCUCUGACUCCGAACCUGACCUCAGACCCACCGGACCGUUUCCGCCUGCCCCCGGCCCUUCACCUACCCAAGGCCCACCCCCUGAUCCAACCACCUUUGCAGGGUCAUGACCCCUUUGGCCAGCCUCCUGCUGCAUCACCCUCUCCUUCUGAUCUGGGGCCCUCGUCCCGGGCCCUGCCACCGGAGACAUUCCGCAUAGCCACUGUGACUACACGUAAACACAGCAACCUCAUCACCGUGCCCAUCCAGGAUGACUCAAGCAACUCCAUUCAAUCUCCACGUGAACCCCUUCCGCAGACUCCCCCAGGUCUGCCUCCUCAUCACCACCAAGGCCAGCCGGUGGUGUCCCACCCUCACCACAUCAUGCCUCCACGUCAGCAGCAACAUUACGGUCCUCCACCUCCACCACCACCUCCACUCAGCCACCCCAUGCAGGCCACAGGGGUUCCUCACAUGAUCUACAACCAGGCACCACCAAUGUCCACUGCACCACCUCCCAUCACCCCUCCACCUGGACAUAUCAUAAGCCAGAUGCCACCGUUUCUGAACCACCCACUGUCUGCGUCUCUCCCUCAGCAUGGUGCCCCACCUGUUAGUGCCCCACCACGUCAUCACUUUAACCAUAAUACUCUGACCCAGGACCAGGGCACCCUGAGCCCACCUUUUAACCAGUCGGGAGCCCUGAGCCCAGGCUUGUGGCCUGCGCCGCAUGUCCCUCACCCUCCUCGCAUACAGGGACCUCCUCAGGGCCAGAUGCCUGGACGACACCACCCAGAACAGGCCCGAUAUAGACCAUAUUACCAAUAGUGUUUGGCCAGCAUCCAGUAUAUCAGACAGUUUGACGAUUAACAAGAUCAUCAAGAAUUGAAGUAAUUUCAAGUUGAACUGUACACUCUGUGAUGAUGACAUCAUUCAUGUGAUUUUUUUGUAUUCUUGUUAAGUAUUUAAUGGUUACCAUAUGUUUGUUGGCUGAAAAAAUAGAAACAAUGAAACAAUGCAGUCAGAAGCCAUUUUACAUCUUUGUUUGAACACGUUUCAUAACACGAUAACAAAUUUAACCUUGUACCCAUUGACUGCAAUAAAUAACAGAUAAAAUGCUUCUUUUCAUGCCUCCAUUUUAUUGUUUUUUUUUACUAGUUAAUACGGUUCUGAAAUGUUAAAAGUACAAAAACAAGAAGGAAAAAUGUCUUGAAAUGUAAUGAUUGCACCUUCUCAAGCACAAUCGAUUUCUAGGAACACAAUAACAUUUGUUACCUAAUUAUGGCCAGUGUCAAGCUGCCCUGCUAUGUAUUAAAAGGUCCAUUCUCUUAGUGCAGAUCAUGAGAAGUUAGACUUUUCUGACCUCGUGAUGAGAUUAACAAGAUGUAUUUUACUAGGAAGAAUGUUUAUUUGUUGGUCAUUAUUACUUGCGUGUAUGUGAUUUGUCCACACGGGGGGGCUGUUCACACUUUAUGUCUUAAGCAACUAUUAACCAUAUUAAACUGUUGUAUAUUAUUAUUAUUUAUUUACUGCAGUACCAAGCGGAAUUGUCUGGUCAUUUUAAUUGAUCCCAAUUUUAAUGAUUACAAAAAUAUAAAUGUCAAUAAAUAUGCUAAUAAAACACUAAUGGGCUCAUUAAAGGACAAUCCCUUGUG